GUUAACCUUUGCAACUCUGCUUUGCCAAACACACACACCUCUCUAGUCUCAUUUCUCAAGUCUCGAGCAUCAGCAACCGCCUUUGCCUUUGUUGAGACUUCGCAGGCAGUUCAGAUAAAUCACUCUCUAAACAUUUCCAAUCCCACUUCCUUUCAAGCCUAUAUCAGGCUCUACAAGUAGAAGACGCCUAAACACACACACACAAACAGAGACACGCACACACUCUAUCUCUCUCCGUCUCUCAAGAAUUCUCCAAAUUCUGAGAAAAUCAACACCGGAUACAAGUACGACCACCGUCUAUGGCUGCCGGAAUUGCCGUCGCAGCCGGAGCCCAGACAGUCUGUUUCCGGGUCAAUUCAUUUCUAACCCGAAAACCCACCUACCUAGUCGCAGAUAGUCUGACUUUUUCCCCUUUAGCCCAGCAAUUCAGCACAACUCGAAGGAAGCCCAGGUUGACGGUUUGUUUUGUGCUGGAGGAUGAGGAAUUGAAAGCCCAGUUGGUAACAAGCGAGGAGGAAGCCCGAGAGCGCGAGAAAGCGAUGGCGAAGCGGAUCUCUGAUGCAAGAACGGCGGAGAAACUAGCCAGGAAGAGAUCGGAGAGGUUCACUUAUCUCGUUGCGGCCGUCAUGUCUAGCUUCGGAAUUACUUCCAUGGCAGUUCUGGCUGUUUACUACAGAUUUGUUUGGCAAAUGGAGGGCGGAGAGGUGCCUUAUUCGGAAAUGUUUGGCACAUUUGCUCUUUCAGUUGGUGCAGCUGUGGGAAUGGAAUUCUGGGCGAGAUGGGCUCACAAAGCGCUGUGGCACGCUUCGUUAUGGCACAUGCACGAGUCACACCAUAAACCAAGAGAAGGGCCCUUCGAGCUUAACGACGUUUUCGCCAUAAUCAACGCCGUCCCUGCCAUAGCCCUCCUUUCUUAUGGCUUCUUCCACAAGGGCCUCAUUCCUGGCCUCUGCUUCGGUGCCGGCCUUGGGAUUACAGUGUUUGGCAUGGCUUACAUGUUCGUCCACGAUGGUCUGGUGCACAAGAGAUUUCCGGUUGGUCCCAUUGCAAAUGUUCCUUACUUCAGAAGAGUUGCAGCUGCACAUCAGCUGCAUCAUUCGGACAAGUUCAGCGGCGUCCCAUAUGGGUUGUUCUUAGGACCUAAGGAACUUGAAAAAGUAGGGGGGCUUGAAGAGCUGGAAAAGGAAAUCAACCGGAGAAUCAAGUUGCAUAAGGGUUCAUAAAGGGGUAAAUUAAUUCAACGGGGCGCAUUUUGUCGCGGCUGUAGAAAAAAGAAAAGAGGGGGUUCGACUAAAUAUGGACUUGAUUUUGACCUCUUAUUUGACUAGUCAAAGAAUUUUAAGGAACAGGGAGACUCGAGCAAGGAUUUUGAGUAAUUUAAUCUGGUCCCUGUCCAAAUUUAGUUGCUUCUUGCAGAACUCUUUGCGGCAAUAGCAAUGUGUUGCUUAGCGUGUUAAAUUACUAGGCUCUUGGUCCGUUCGCUUGUAACUUGUACAAAUUGACGUCCAAUCAUAAUUGUACCAGAUAUUUCAUAUAGAAAA